UUUUCAUUAAGUGGCAAUACACACCGAAGAUAUGUGUCCAGUUGUAACAUAAGGAAUUGAAAGUAUUAGUCGAAAGCAGCGUAAUGAACUGGGUAGCUGUCUGGCUAGCCAUAGCUAACUGAAUUUAGAUGGUGGCAUGCUACAUGGGUUUCCCGGUUCCAAGGAGUGAAGGAAGGGAUGACUGUUUCAAACAUUUGAUCAUCCACGCCUAGACUGUUUGGAUGUCCUCUAUUGUAUCAAACAAGAUCAGCAGCCUAUGCGACUCCAUAAAACCAUCUCACCUGUUCCACCUGCUGACAGCUGCCUAGAGGAAAUUGCCAAGGAGCUUGUGAGAUCUUGUGUGGAACAUGUCCGGCCCUGUGCCCAGCCGUUCCCGAGUGUACCCCGACGUUAACACACAGAGGCCUCGGGAGUACUGGGACUACGAGUCUCACGUAGUGGAAUGGGGGAAUCAAGAUGACUACCAGCUGGUCCGCAAGCUUGGCCGUGGGAAAUAUAGUGAGGUGUUUGAGGCCAUAAACAUUACAAACAAUGAGAAGGUGGUUGUCAAAAUUCUGAAGCCAGUAAAAAAGAAGAAAAUUAAACGUGAGAUUAAGAUUCUGGAGAACCUGCGAGGGGGUCCCAACAUUAUCAGUCUUUUAGACAUCGUCAAGGACCCUGUGUCUCGAACUCCUGCCUUGGUCUUUGAACAUGUGAAUAACACAGACUUUAAGCAAUUGUAUCAAACAUUAUCAGACUAUGACAUUCGUUUCUACAUGUAUGAAAUCUUAAAGGCCCUGGACUACUGUCACAGUAUGGGCAUCAUGCACAGAGACGUGAAGCCACACAAUGUCAUGAUUGAUCACGAGCACAGAAAGCUGCGUCUGAUUGACUGGGGCUUGGCGGAGUUCUAUCACCCCAAUCAAGAGUACAACGUACGAGUGGCGUCCAGGUACUUCAAAGGUCCCGAGCUUCUAGUGGACUACCAGAUGUACGACUACAGUUUGGACAUGUGGAGUCUGGGUUGUAUGCUGGCCAGUAUGAUCUUCCGUAAGGAGCCCUUUUUCCACGGCCAUGACAAUUAUGAUCAGUUGGUUCGCAUUGCUAAAGUGCUGGGCACUGAGGACCUUUAUGAUUACAUCGACAAAUACAACAUCGAGUUAGACCCACGGUUUAAUGAUAUUUUGGGCAGGCACUCACGCAAGAGAUGGGAGCGUUUUGUGCACAGUGAAAACCAGCACCUGGUGAGCACCGAGGCACUGGACUUUCUGGACAAGCUGCUGCGCUACGACCACCAGGCACGCCUCACGGCCAGGGAGGCCAUGGACCAUCCCUACUUCUACCCCAUUGUGAAAGACCAGGCGCGCGGCGGUGCCACUACCAUGGCAGCCAGUGCCACCCCCGUCAGCUCCUCCAGUAUGAUGGCUGGCAUCACCUCCAUGACCUCUUCCUCACAGCAGCCCAUGGCCAACAUCACCGGCUCUCCGGUCAUCUCCGCGCCCAACACACUCGCCACGCAGGUCCCUGCCGCCACUGGAGCCCAGCCCUGAGUCAGCGAGUGACAACCCACCUCCACCCUCCCUUACAGACAACCAACCACUCACCUGCAGUACAGUUUUCAUCAGCUCCAAAAAAAACAAAAACCCCCAAAAAACCCUAGACUCACACAGGGACUGGCCCAGACGCCUCCUUUUCUGAUUAUGUUGAAAAUUCAAUCCCCAAAGGAAUGCCCCCUCUCCUCUCUCCUCCGCUCCCCUUCCUCCGUUUCUGUUCCGCCAGAGAUGGGCACUCAAGAACGAUCCUGCUCCACCAGUCUGGAGGAUGCGCAGCAGAACUCUUGCCCGGCCGUUCCCUCUCAAAACAACUCUAGGACCUACAACAGUACACGACGGAUAAUAAAAGUUUAUUUUAUAUCCCCAGGCGUACAUUCUUGUCAGCACUAUUGGUGAACCCUCUCGUUUGUGCAUUUAGCCCCCACACACACACAAACACACACACAUACACGCACACUUUUUUGUUUUUCCUCUCGUUUGUCCACCCCUGUUCUCCCGUCGUGCUUCUAUCAGGCGUUUCUACACUGUGAACCUGGACACAACUGCGCACAUGCACAGAACACACACACACACAAAACUGAACAGGAAGCCCCCAUCCAUCCAGCCAGGCUCUAGAUGCUUGAUGUGUUGCAGAGGUGUGGGUGGCCCCUACUGCAGUGUUGUGCAGCGCGAGCCCAAGGUGUGUGAUGCUGACCAAGCACACCUGGAGAACAGGCUCUCUCUCUCUCUCUCUCUCUCUCUCUCUCUCUCGCUCUCUCUCUUCCCCCCCCUCCACACUCUACUGUGGAAAACGUGUUUGCUCAGUGCAGGGCACACCGGGUCAAUAAUAUGCCAAUUUUUUUGUUCAUUUUCUCUUUUUUUGCUGUGUAAGUCCAUGGGAGUGUGCGACUUGUGUGUUUUUUCCUUUUUAAGGUUUUAAGCUCAUAUUUGUUACCAUGAAGAAUUUUUUGUAACAGUUUUUUUUUGAGAGGAUGCAAUCCAGUGCUAAACAUUAUUUUUCUUUUUGUGUGAGAAAUAAACCCUUGAAAGAGGCAAAGCACCCUUUUACAAUUUGCAUGUGGUGUGUUCACUGUAAAAAAAAAACUGCACAGAAUGACCGGCUGAACGAACGAACGACACAAAAGCAAUGCUGUAGGUUUUGUUUAACUCCAGCGCUACUACAUGCUUAGGCUUUCUAUAGAUUAUUAUUCAUUUAAAUGGUUCUUAAAAUUGUACUUACUUUGGUCUUGUCGUUUGUGAAAUAUUUGAUGUGAAAGACUAGUAUUCUAGAAUGGACUAAACAGAAGGUUCGACUUGCCUGUGAUCAGUGUGAGGAUUUAAGAGCUAAUGAAAUUAACUUAAUGUAUUGUAAAUUAAAUCAUUUAAGGUUUGCAAUAGA